CAUGCCAUGCGGCAUCACACCCCCUCCUUCCUCCUUCCUCCUUCCUCCUUCUUUUCCCCCCCUCUCCCCUCUCUUCAAUGUGACCACUCACUUUACAACGGUCGGGGAUAUCCCCUCCCCAAAGCCCGCGCGCCGGCUCUUUGCCCACAGCCCACAGCCCACAGCCCACUACCCACCUACCUUACCCACUGGCUAGAGUCUUCCAGCUACCGAUAUGACCGACAUGACACGCCGCAUCCAGUCCGCUGCGUACACCGCAUUUUUCGCGGACACAUUGCUGGUUUGAGUGAUCCACCGAACAUUGGCUCGAAUAUCGGUCGUGUUUGCCUCCUGCAGGUACUGUCUGCCCGCCCAACUGAUGCAUCACCGUUGAGCUGGUCGAAUGCUUUCUCCCCCCGCCGGGCUACGAUGGAUGACCUAUUAAGGUUGUGUGGCCGACUCCGUCCGUUCGUAUAUCUGCACCGUCGAUGGCCCAAUGUUGGGCCGUCCGACCGUCAAUCAAUGCAGUGUCGCGGAUUGUGGCCAAACGCCCCCCAUCAACCGACCGCGACUUUAUCACCCUCUUUUACUUCUUUCGUACAUGAUUAGCAUUAUGACGACGAUCACCCCAGAUAGACGGAGAUCAAGGUCACUUCCGUCGUUAAGUAGCCGGCGUGAAGGCUCGCUCGUCAAUAGCCAUGUUGCUAGACCGCCUGGAUGGGGGCAGUCACAAAGUCUCAAGUCUGUGCUUGCAACUCUCCCACUAAGUCAGUUAGAGUAACCCGGUCUAGCCAGCAAAAGCAACGUAAGUCGGCCAAACCAUAGGCGAGGAUCCUGCCUAGCGUUGGCGCAGUCCCGAAGGAAUUGCAAUCUAGGAACAUCGUAGCUGCUCCUUUACUAUCCAUCUCUCUCUGAC